GAGACCAUCAACGGAACCUCUGCCACAUCACCAGUGAAGACCAUGCCUCUUGCUAGAGCUAUCAUCGAUGAUACUGUCCUGGCUGAAUCUCCCACCUGGGAGACGGUCGAGGGCAACGUCUAUUUUCCCCUGUCGGCCAUUCGGGAUCCAUCCCUCUUGGUUCCGACCGACCUGUCGACCUUUUGUCCGUGGAAAGGCGAUGCGUCGUAUUAUUCUCUUGUGAUUGGUAACAAGACGGUUCCCAAUGCAGCCUGGUAUUAUCCCAACCCAUAUGACGCUGCCAGCAACAUCAAGGAUCACGUCGCUUUCUAUACCAACAAGGUUAAUGUCUCGGUUGAAUAAGCGGUCUGGAAU